CGAAAAUCUUCCUAUCACUUGUUGCACAACGUACAGUGUUCGGUUGGAUCUUAACAGGAUAAGAUAAAAUAAAUGGCAAAGAAAGAACAAUCGUCCCAUCAACAGAGUAUGCUGCAACAGCAGUCCAAAAACAUCAGUCACGAGUAUCCAACAACGCUCCAACAACAAAUGCAUCAACCAUAUCAACAGCAGCAUCAGCACCAGUUGCUGGGUGUUCCGUUUGCUGUAAUGUUAACGGCGACACGAGAUGCACCAGCUAGUCUCCAAUCUAGACUACAACAACAACAGAUUUCACAAUUGGAGUCACAGCCACCGCCGACGUCAACGCCUACCCAGAUCCUAACACAGACACAAAUAGCGAUUCAGUCACAGUCGCAACCUCAGUCACAGACACAACCGCAGCAACAGCCAUUACCACAACAGCAUCAACAACAACAACGUCAGCAGUCAACGCAGCGUGAAGCACAGCUGCCGAUAGCGCAGCCGUCUAAGUCUCCAGCGCACAUUUCGUCACCCAUGGCGUCCAGCCCAACGGUGACAGCGCAACAACAGCAGCUUCAGCAUCAAUCGCUACACCGACAUCAACACCCUCACAUCAUUUGGCUAACAUUCUGA